AUUCUGGAAGUGUUGGCAAAUCUUACGGCUAAAGAAGAUAUCCGAAGAUUAAUUGACGAAACAAUCGCAACGUUCGGCAGAUUAGAUGUGUUGGUAAACAACGCGGGAAUUAUUGCCGUCACUGAUAUUGAAGACAGUGAUGUCGACGUGAAAGUGGAUCAAAUAAUGGACACAAAUGUGCGAUCAGUUGUACUAUUGUGUCAUUUGUCUGUUCCGUAUCUCUUGAAAACUAAAGGAAAUAUCGUUAGUGUCUCGAGUGUGGCCUCAACUAAACCGAGUUGUGUCGAUAUGAUCACCAAAUGUCUGGCCAUUGAUUUAGGUGUGAAAGGGGUUCGCGUGAAUGCUGUGAAUCCAGCGGUCAUUAAGACAAACAUAUUUGACGCCGGGUUUGGUAUAGACUUACAAACAACACAACAACUUAUAUACAAAGACUGCGAACAAACAUAUCCUCUGAAAAGACCAGGAGAUCCGGAAGAAGUGGCCGAAGCCAUCGCAUUCUUGGCGUCAGAUAAGGCCUCAUUCAUUACUGGAGCCACACUUGAAGUGGACGGCGGGUCGAUGUGGACCUCCAGAGGAGCCAAUCCUAACGCUACCUCUAAUAAUAAUCAGUGAUUUCAUUAAUGAUA